CACGGAACGGAGCGCGCUGAAGCGUCGCCCUACAGGCUCGCCUGACCUUGCCCUUGUAGGUGGGCACGUUGCAGAGGAUAUCGGUGCGUAGCGCCUCCUCGGCGAGGCUGCGAGCCGCCAGGCUGCGCCACACCUCGCUGUUCUCGUCGCCGUGCAAAACGCGGUACCACAGCUUACACACCAACGCGCAGCUCCGUAGCUCCCGGAGGUCCAAGUAGGAGAAGACGAACUCGAGUACCCUACCGGGAAGCCGCCAACCCCCCGCAGCGGCGGCUGAGUUCGGCGCUCCGCCGCUGCCGGCAGCCGCCGCCGCCGCCGCCGCCGCCAUACCCUCAGGCGAUUGACCACCGGCCUUCGCGUCCUGCGCGCGCACGCCUUCCAAACCGACCGGCCCGGCCCAGGCGAAGGCGGCUAGAAACCGCGAGCCUACCCGCUAACCAGAGAGCCAAUCCGGCGCGUGCAAAAGUAGGAGGUGCUACCCUGCCAACGAACUCCUCGCCUGUUGCCGGCAAGGAGAGGCGGAAAUGAACGCUUUUGUUUGAUAUGGAGCUCGUUGUACGGAGGCUGCUCCUGACCUUACGUUUCCGAGUAGGGCAGAGGCCAGAACAAUCGAGGGGCCUCUGUUGAAGCGGGCUUCUCGGACAACGCACCUUUUACUUAUUUUAUUUUAAUGUCAUGCGGUAUGGAGCAGGGCCUUGAACGUGGGCCGGCCAUUUUGGUUGAGGGCAUUGCUGAGCCUGAGAAAGAGGAUGCUGUCGUAAGCGCAUGCGCAAAAACUUCACCUGUCAAGGGAGAAUGCUAAACGGACCCAGCAGUUUUUCUUUGCCGGAAGAGAGUUUGGGAUCGGGAGAAAUUCGUUCUUUGCUUUGAGUCUGCCUUGAGAUAUGAUGGCAAAGAAGUGGACCAAUGGACAUUCUUCUUCAGUACUAAGCUUAAACGUGAGCAAAGAUGGUCUGUUGGCUUCAGGAGCAGGAGGAGGGGAGCUCACAAUUUGGAAUGCUGAAGGAAAUCCACUGGAAUGUGUACGACUUCAAAAAGCAGAUGAUGUCACUAGCGUUAUAUUUUCUCCCACUUGUUCUAGAACACUCUAUGCUUCUCAUGGGGAAAUUAUUAGCAUGCUGGAUACUAGGUGUCUCAAGGAGCCAGUUGAAUGUUUCCAUGUAAAUGAGGAAGAGAUCAAUUGCCUUUCAAUAAACGAAACAGACAGCUUCUUGGCUGCUGCAGAUGAUUCUGGAGCCAUAAAGAUAAUUGACUUAAAAAGCAAAAAGUUGAGUCGCUGCCUGCAACGACAUUCAAAUAUUUGUGCAUCUACUGCAUUUCGACCCCAGAGGCCACAAAGCCUUCUUUCAUGUGGCCUGGAUAUGAAGAUUAUAAUGUGGAACUUGCAAAAAACUCGCCCACAAUGGAUUAUGAACUUGCAAGAAGAAGAACCAGUUGAGCAAGGGAUUGGCCAACUCUUUAACCCACCAUUGGUUCAUUCAUUGUCUGUUUCUACUUGUGGCAAUGUCUUUGGCUGUGGAGCUGAAGAUGGUAAAAUCAGAAUCUUUCGAGUAACAGGUGCCAAAUUUGAACAGCAAGUAGCAUUUAAAGGUCAUUCAUUAGGAGUGUCACAGAUUUUCUUUCUGCCUGAAACGUAUUGCUUUAUUACAGGGGGAAAUGAUAGAAAAGUAUUGUUGUGGGAUGUUAGCAGUGAAAUUGGAAAAUUGAAAAGUCCAAACAAGUCAAUUCACAAAAAGAAAAAUGCCACCAAGAAAGCUGACAAAAUGAACGCAGAAUACACAAAUGAAUGCCUAUCCAUUUCACCCAAACUAAUCAUUGAACAUGGAGAGAAAGUGAACUGGAUUUCAUAUGUGUCAAUUAAUGGUUCUAAGAAAAUAUUUGUUGCUGACCAAAGUAACGAUAUAUCCGUGUAUCCUAUUUCUUGAACCCUUCAUAUAUUUAGGUAAGCAGUCAAUCUCUGGUGCAGUAUUUUGAAUCUACUAAUUUUUUGAUGCAUUAUUCCUACUACCUCCCAUAAUUAAGCCAAUUCUGUGUGCUGCUAAAAAUUAUUUUGGUAGUACAUAUAUAGUACUACUUUUGGAAUAACUAAUUGGUAUGACCUUACUGGUAAGCUUGCAAUAAAAGUUAUGUACUGUGUUUCCCCGAAAAUAAGACCCUGUCCUAUAUUUUUUGAACCCUGAAAUAAGCGCUUGGCCUUAUUGCCAUGCACUCAAAAGCCCGAUUGGGCUUAUUAUCAGGAGAUGUCUUACUUUGAGGGAAACAGGGUAUAUGUGAAUAAAGAACUGGGUUUUAAAACAAAAUAAAAAUAGAGAUGUCUGUUUUAAUAUACAUUUUUAUAAAUUCUACUGGCAGAAAUAGACUUUUAAAAUAACAGAAUAACAGAGUUGGAAGGGACUUAGAGGUCUUCUAGUCCAACCCUUUGCUCAAGCAGAAAACCCUAUACUAUUUCAAACAAGUGGCUGUCCAGUCUCUUCUUAAAAGCCUCCUGUGUUGAAACACCCACAACUUCUGAAGGAAAGCCGUUCUACUGGUUAAUUGUUCUCACUGUUAGGAAAUUUUCCCUUAGUUCUAGGUUGCUUCUCUCCUUGAUUAGCUUCCAUUCAUGUUUCUUGUCUUGCCUUCUGGUGUUUUGGAAAAUAGGUCAACUCCCUCUUUGUGGCAGUCUCUCAGAUAUUUAAACACUGCUAUCAUGUCACUCCCUAGUCCUUCUUUUCAUUAGACUAGCCAUACCCAAUUCCUACAACCGUUCUUCAUAUGUUUUACCCUCCAGGUCCCUAAUCACCUUUUUGUUCUUCUGUGCAUUCUUUUGGUUAAAAAAUAAAAACUGAGGCGAUAAAUGAAGGACCUUGAACAAAUUCUGUAAAUAUCUCCCAUUACUGUUUUGGAGGAUCAGCAGCAAAUUCAGGCAGCCGUGGGUUGUUCAAUCCAGAAUAAAAUUUCUAUUGCAGUAUUCAUGGAACCUGGCUCUUUUAAAUGUUGAUAAGUUGUUUUUAUCAAAAAGUGUAGUAUAUGGGAUCUGAUAUUUGCUUUGCUAUACAAAUAGCUGACCAGGUCUAUUCAGGAUCAUUAAUGCUCAACAACUUUAUAUCUCUGGUAUAUAUGGAGAAUUGUUAUUGUUUAAAGAAAAACAAUGAAAAUGAAGUGUAUUUUUUCUUAAACAAUUUAUAAAGUAGAAAACUAUAUUUUAUUUAAAAGAAUUCAAUUACACACACACAUACACAAAUAUUAGAUGCCUUUGGUGCAAUCCCAAAACAACUGGAACGCCACUCGAACACAAUUGGUAUUGACAAAUUCACCAUCAGUCAAUUGCAAAAAGCAACUCUAUGCAGAACAGCUUACAUUCUGCGAUGUAAUUCUGUGAUUCUGUGAUGAUACCUCUAACAGCAUAAAAUAUCCACACCUGUCUAUUCCAGUAGAUAUUUAAGUAGAUAAAAGUGCCAAAUACAGCCUGAAUAUCUUGCUGAGUGUGGGACGAACAAUACAUCCAUAUAUCCAUAAGAAAUUAACCUUUUGUAAAUUAUUUUGUUAGGACAUAGCCUAAAAACAAGCAUGUGCUUUAAAUAGUACUUAUGUGAAAAUAAAUAUUAACCAUGACAUGAUAAUUUUGAGGAAAACUUUAGUUGUUUAAUUUUAAACAUUUCCUGCCUCUAAGGAAUAGUUGUUUCCCCUGCUCAUAAAUGCUUAGAACAUAUACAAUGCUAAGAAUUAAAAUCAUCUGUGCAAACUGAAAAUAAGUGAAAAAAUAAUUUUAAAAAAGGAAAAAUAUAUAAUGAAAAAAACUUUGAAAAUAUAUUCUAAUGGAAUCCUUAGCAAAUUUUGUAAUGUGGUAUAGGCAGUGGUGGGUUGCUACCAGUUCUCCCCGAUUCUUGCGAACUGGUAGUUGAAAUUUUGAGUAGUUCGGAGAACCGGUAAAUGCCAUCUCUGCCUUGCCACACCCCAAUCUAUUCGCUGCCUCCCGAGUCCCAGCUGAUCGGCUAGAAGGAAAAAAUCAGGGCUCACUUGACAAAGAAGAGAGAGAGAAAAAAAACAAGACACCUUAGCUUUAAAUUGAGAAGCCAAGAAGCUUCCCAACUGAUCGGCUAGAACUGAUCCGCUCCUUGUAAACCGUUCGGUGGUGGUAGAUUGGCAAUUGAGGCUAAGCUGCCUGAAAGUGGUUUCCGAUGCUCUCGGUGGUGGCAGAGCAGCAAAAAACAGUUUAAACUCUUGCCGCAGCGUUUCAAAGGGCCGUCCUACAGCUGAUCAGCGAUAAAAGGCAGUGUGGUGGUAGACCACAACACUCCAAAAACAAAUGGGUAGACCGGUACAGCUCUGCAAGCAGUUAAAAGCCAGUACUUCUGCUAAAUCCUAAAGAAUUGUUUGUCACAGGACCAUCAAACCAUGCCCACAAAAUAAGCCACGCCCACAGAACCGUUAGUAAAAAAAUUUAGAACCCACCCCUGGGUUCUAAAAUAGUUUUCCUAUUCCUGGGAACAUAGUUUGGUUGUCUGAUUCCUCUACCAAAAAGUAAACAUUUGUUUUAUUCGAAGCAGGCGACUAAUGAAGACAGCCAAUUUAAUACAAUAUUAGGCAUAAAAGGUAUAUAAUACAUACUAAAUAUCAAAGAUGCCUCCAUUUAUAAUUAUUAUUUCUGUAUUGUGCUGUUUUUCCACCUCCUACUAUGGCAUGUUUUACAUGGAUAUACAGUGACCUUUCAAGUGUUGCUGAACUACAUCUUUCAGAGUCCCUUACUAUCAGCUUACAUUGGAAAUUGAGUCCAGCAAUGUUUGAAUUGCUGGAUUUUGUGCAGGCAGGUUGGACUUACACUAUAUACAUUGGAUGAGACCUAUGAGACAAAUAACCCAUUUAUUUAAUUGGAUGCUCUUUAUCUAGUUUUAGGGCUUGUAUAGAAAACGAUCAUUUUUAGGUGAUAUUUAUGCAGAAAUAUUGAAAACUUAAAAGGGUACAAAAACUUUUAAGCACCACUGUUAAGAUCCAGAUUCAGAUUCAUUAGAUCUGAAUACAAUACUACAAAAUAACCUAAUGAGAAGAGCUUAUGUUUAACACCAUUGAUAACGUAUUGGUACAAAAAGACAAAAGAACCCUGAUCUCCAAUUAUUGCUGAACUAUUCCCCAGAAAUCCCAGUCAGCAUACCACUAAGUGAGUAUUGCUAGGGUUUGCAAUUCAGCAACUUCUGCGCUGCCAAAAGUUUCAAACGGCUAGAAAUUUAAGAAAGUUACUAUAUUAUAGAUUGAUAUGAAUUUAAAAUUAAUGGUUGAUUAUAGCAAUCCUAUAUGUGAUCCUAUAUGUGAUAGAAUUCGUUAUCAUUUCCUUUCAUGGAACCAUAUGAUGUUUGUAGACUUAAGUUAUGUUUGCAUGAAACUAAGAAGGAAAAAUAUACUGUAAUUACCACGCUGUAAUUUAAUAAACAAUGUGCUUGUGAGUACAGUAUGUGUUAAUAUUCUAUAUUUGGAUUUCUUAGCUAUAAAAAGCUUUAAGAGAAAAGUGACCUUCAGCACCAGUUGGAUUACUGGAUAUAUCACUGCUGUCUAUUGCAAAACAGAAGUCAAGAGACUGUGGAAACAUACGUUUCUUAUUCCUGAAGAUGGCCAAAGAGCCUUUAUCUCUGUGUGUCCUGAACAAGACAUUAAACAGGUCACAAGGGGGAAGUUGACUUUUGCUGGGAAAGUUUGUGUUGGGAAGGGUCUUGGAACUGCAUUUCAUAUCUUAAAUAUAUCUUCUGAAUAUUUUUUUCUGACCUGUUCUGCUUCAUAAAUCUCCAUAAUGUCUCAGAUAAAAGAAAUAUAAUAUUGUACUUGAAAUUAUUCUUUUUUAAAAAAUGGUGACUUACAAAGGAUCAGGGACCAGGAUGGAUGAUGGAAAAUGCCUACUUUAAAAUAAAAAUUGAAUGUUUCUAUUA